CGCCGAGGCCGGACGCUCCGCCCGCCGCCCGCCUCCCGGAGAUGAGGGGAAGAUGUCGGUGUCCGGGCUCAAGGCCGAGCUGAAGCGCCUGGCGUCCAUCUUCGACCCGAGCCACGAGCGGUUCCGCAUCGUCAGCUGGAAGCUGGACGAGCUGCACUGCCAGUUCCUGGUGCCGCCGCCGCCCGGCAGCCCGCGCCCGCCGCGCCCGCUCACGCUGCACUGCAACAUCACGGAAUCGUACCCAUCUUCCUCCCCAAUAUGGUUUGUGGACUCCGAUGACCCAAAUCUAACAUCAGUUUUGGAACAUCUAGAAGAAAACAAGAGCAACAAUUCGCUUCGCCAGCAGUUGAAGUGGCUGAUCUGUGAGCUCUGCCGAUUGUACCGCCUUCCCCAGCACCUGGACGUGGAGAUGCUGGACGAGCCCCUCCCCGCGGGCCAGAAUGGAGCACCGGAAGAGGAGCCCUCAGAAGAGGAGGAGGAGGAGGAGAUGGCGGAAGAUAUCGAAGACUUGGAUCACUAUGAGAUGAAGGAAGAAGAGCUUAGAAAUGGGAAAAUGGCAGAGGAUGAAGGAAUUGAAAAAGAAAAUUUAGCAAUAUUAGAGAAAAUUAGGAAAACUCAAAGGCAAGACCACUUAAAUGGUGCAGUGUGCGGUUCAGUGCAAGCCUCAGAUAGACUUAUGAAAGAACUCAGGGACAUAUACCGAUCGCAGAGCUACAAGUCAGGGGCCUACUCGGUGGAGCUCAUCAACGACAGCCUGUACAACUGGCACGUGAAGCUGCGCAAGGUCGACCCCGACAGCCCUCUGCACAGCGACCUUCAGAUCCUCAAGGAAAAAGAAGGCAUCGAACACAUUCUGCUCUGCUUCUCUUUCAAGGAUAACUUCCCAUUCGAUCCUCCCUUUGUUCGAGUGGUCUUUCCCGUCCUCUCCGGAGGGUACGUGUUGGGAGGAGGCGCACUGUGCAUGGAGCUUCUCACCAAGCAGGGCUGGAGCAGCGCCUACUCCAUCGAGUCCGUCAUCAUGCAGAUCAACGCCACCCUGGUCAAGGGCAAGGCCCGGGUGCAGUUCGGGGCGAAUAAGAAUCAGUAUAACCUCGCCCGAGCCCAGCAGUCCUACAACUCCAUCGUGCAGAUCCACGAGAAGAACGGCUGGUACACGCCCCCGAAGGAAGAUGGCUAGCCGGCGCCCACCGUGCGACUGCCGAGACCUCCCCAGCGCCCCGACACCGCCUUGAGUGCCAGCCACGGGGCCCGCCGACGCGCAGCGGGGCGCCCCUGCCUGCUCCCCGUCCUCCCCAGUGGAGCGGAGCGGCAGCCUCGUCCCCGCCAGCCCCCGCCCGCGCC